UUUGAUCCAUAAAGUAGACAAGCUCUAGUUCUACAAUGUCCAAGUCAUUCCAGCAGUCAUCUCUGAGUAGGGAUUCACAAGGUCAUGGGCGUGACCUCUCUGCAGGAAUAGGCCUUCUUGCUGCUGCUACCCAGUCUUUAAAUAUGCCAUCUCUUGGAAGGAUGAACCAGGGUACUGCACGCCUUGCUAGCUUAAUGAAUCUUGGGAUGAGUUCUUCAUUGAACCAACAAGGAUCUCAUAGUGCACUGUCUUCUGGUAGUACCUCUUCCCAUAAUUUGCAGUCUAUAUUUAACAUUGGAAGUAGAGGUCCGCUCCCUUUGUCUUCUCAGCACCGUGGAGACGCAGACCAGGCCACUAACAUUUUGGCCAGCUUUGGUCUGUCUGCUAGAGACUUAGAUGAACUGAGUCGCUAUCCCGAGGACAAGAUCACUCCUGAAAACUUGCCUCAGAUCCUUCUACAACUUAAAAGGAGGAGAGCUGAAGAAGGUUAUGGUAGAGAUGGCAGAUCAUCCGCACGGGAACCACCGUACAGAGUACCUAGGGAUGAUUGGGAAGAAAAAAGGCAUUUUAGAAGAGAUAGCUUUGAUGAUCGUGGUCCUAGUCUCAACCCAGUGGUUGACUAUGACCAUGGAAGUCGUUCUCAAGAAUCUGGUUAUUAUGACAGAAUGGAUUAUGAAGAUGACAGAUUAAGAGAUGGAGAAAGGUGUAGGGACGAAUCUUUCUAUGGUGAGACUUCGCAUAACUAUCAUAAAUUUGACAGUGAGUAUGACAGAAUGGGUCGUGGUCCUGGUCCUGAGAGAUCUCUCUUUGAGAAAAAGAGAGGUGCUCCUCCAAAUAGCAAUAUUGAAGACUUCCAUGGAUUCUUACCGAAGGGUUAUCCCCAUCUGUGCUCUAUAUGUGAUAUGCCAGUUCAUUCUAAUAAGGAGUGGAACCACCAUAUCAAUGGAGCGACUCACAGCCGACGCUGUCAGCUGCUGCUUGAAAUAUACCCAGAAUGGAAUCCUGACAGUGAUUCAGGACAUGGAAUGGGUGAUCCCUUUAUGUUGCAGCAGUCCACAAACCCUGCACCGGGAAUUCUGGGACCACCACCACCUCCAUUUCACCUUGGAGGACCUCCUGUUGGGCCAAGAGGAGCUGGAAAUGGAAAUAUGCAAGGACCCAGACACAUGCAGAAGGGCAGAGUGGAGACAAGCAGAGUUGUUCACAUCAUGGAUUUCCAGAGGGGAAAGAACUUAAGAUACCAGCUGCUUCAGCUUGUUGAACCAUUUGGGAUCAUUACAAAUCACCUGAUUCUGAACAAGAUCAAUGAGGCAUUUAUUGAGAUGUCAACCACUGAAGAUGCCCAGGCUGCAGUCGAAUACUACUCGACGACACCUGCCCUGGUGUUUGGUAAACCAGUCAGAGUCCACUUGUCACAGAAGUACAAGAGAAUAAAGAAGCCUGAGGGUAAGCCUGACCAGAAGAAUGAGCCUCCCAAACCAGAGCUUGGUCGUGUGAUUCACCUGAGCAACUUGCCUCACUCGGGUUACUCUGACAACGCAGUGCUCAAACUGGCUGAACCCUAUGGAAAAAUCAAGAACUACAUUCUCAUGAGGAUGAAAAGCCAGGCUUUCAUUGAGAUGGAGACCAGAGAAGAUGCUUUAGCUAUGGUUGAGCAUUGUGCUAACAAAGCACUUUGGUUCCAAGGCAGAUGUGUGAAAGUGGAUUUAUCUGAAAAAUACAAGAAACUGGUCUUAAGGAUUCCAAACAAAGGAGUUGAAUUGCUGAAAAAGGAUAAAACCAGGAAGAGAACAUACUCUCCAGACAACAAAGAUUCUCCAAGCGAUAAGAAGUCUAAAACAGAUGCUCCUCAGAAACCUGAAAGUGGCAAUGCAGAAGACAAAGUAAAAGAGGAGAAGCCAGAGGAUGCUGCUGAGCCAUCGGGCACUAAAACUAAUGAACAGACAGAGCAAGAUGAGCCCAGUUUACUCCUGGAGUCCGAAGAUGAGCUGCUUGUGGAUGAGGAGGAAGCAGCGGCACUGCUAGAAAGCGGCAGCUCGGCAGGGGACGAUGCAGAUGUCGCCAACUUAACGGAUGUGACCGCAGAGGAAAAGAAGGACGCGGCUGAGGACGUCGCCGUCAAAACCGAGGGGAAUGCUGCAGCCAGUCCAGCAGCAAAGAAGAAGCUGAAGAAGCGCUAUGUGGGUGGCUUUCCGCGGAGCAUGGAAGGCUUCGUCACUCUGGAUGAGGUUGGUGACGAGGAAGACUCCGACCACCAGAAGCUGCGCAAGGCAGGGUUGGCUCUGAAAUCUGCUGCCAAAAAUGAUGACAGCCUGGCAGAGAUCAAGGUAGACAAGAUUGAGGAGGCGGAGCAGGAGAGCGAGACGUUGGAAAACGGCACCAAGCCCGAGGAGAACGUCAGGGUUGAGCCUGUUGAAGGUUCUGACGCCACAGCGCCACAGGAUCCCGAGAAGAACGCCCAGGAAAGCACAGAGCCUCAGGAGGAGCAGGAAGCAAAGAAUGUCGCAGACAAGGCUCUCAUUCCAGAUGAGUUCCGGAUUGGGCCCUACCAGCCAAACGUUCCUCUUGGUGUGAAUUAUGUGGUACCCAAAACAGGGUUUUAUUGCAAAUUGUGUUCCCUGUUCUACACAAAUGAAGAUGUUGCAAAAAAGACCCAUUGCAGCAGCCUUCCUCAUUAUCAAAAGUUGAAGAAAAUUCUGGAUAAAAUGGCAGAAGACUACAGGCAAAAGAAAGAAGCUUAAAAGAAAGCUGUAAGGAAAGCAGUGGCUUUGGUUUUUAAUGUUUAAUCUUUUUUAAAAGCAGUACAAGUAGUAGAUGGGAAUACUGUCUUCUUUUUGGGUUUAGUGAAAAACAGUAGGCAUUUUAGGUCUGUUCACGUGUUUAAAUGUUGUAGCAAAAAGAAAGGAAAAAGGCAUAAAGCAGUUAAGUUAACGACACAAAUUUGUUCUUCAUGCGAGAAUGGCAACAAGUUGUUUUUGUUUUGACACUUCAACAUGCUGUUAAAAAUCCUUGCACCCUUGUGGAAAGCUCAUCCAUGGGAAGACAAACUUGAUUUAAGUGGAAUUUACCUGCUUUUCAAGCUUUCAGAAAUGUGUCUUUUCAGUUCCAUUCUCAAUAAAAGCUAAAAAGCUCCCCCCCCUCUGUAUUUUUGAGUUUUAUCUAGAACAUUCCAGAUUUCAGUCUGAGCCUAGCAGCUGUUUAAUUUCCAGUGUAAGGUUGUCAUUGCAUUUCAUUUCUGGAAGAAGUCUUUAAAUGUAAGUUGCAAAUUUCUUAAGUGUCGAAUUGCAGUUUCUUUUAAUGUCAUUGCUGUUCUAUAGCAGAUAGGAAAACUUUAGAGAUUAGUCAGCUUUACAACUUUGUGAUGAUUUCCCACCCCCCUCCCAAAGCUCUUGGUAGACUUGCCCAUUCAGCUGUUCCCUGUAUUUUUAGUGACAAGUAAAUGCCCAUUCUCCUCUGACCAGUAUUAUUUCCUCAAGCUCUUCCUGCUUUUACUUGAAUCUUGUAGCUGUUGUCCAUCUCUGGUAAUGUUCCAAAGCAGCAUUUUGAGUCCUGAAAUGUAAAAAAAAAAACAAACCACCCCAAACAAAACAAAAGUAUCUUUAUAUUCUUCACCUGUAAUUUUUUUCAUACCUGCAUUUUAAACCCUUUUUACUUUUGUUGUUGCUGUUGUUAGGAUCUGGUUUUGUCAAGACUCCUUAGAACUGUGCUCUUUAAUGUACCUGCACAUGUGCUAUGUGACCAGGAAUUUGCAUGUGUAACCUGUGUUUCUCUGUAGUUCUUUUCUUUUGUUCUUUACUGCUUCUUUGUGAAUUCAGGUUACUAAAAGUGAGUUACCAAUAAACAAAGCUUAGGUGACAGUCA